AUGGAAAGAAAAGGUCGAAAAAGAGAUAUUCUGGAAAUGGCUCUCAAAACAUCGGGUAUACGAAACCAGAAAAAAUGUCGCAAGAGCCUUCUUUCUGAAUUUAAUAAGAAGUCUGCCAUCCUCACGAGCUCCGCGCCGCCGCCUAACGCUGUGUGUGCCAUCCUUACAAACCCUACUCCAGACCCUGCGCCUGCCAUUCUCAUAAGCUCUACGCCGGACGCUGCAACUGCCAUCCUUACGAGCUCCGCGCCCAACGCUGCACCUGCCAUCUUCACGAGUCCUACUAUAGAUGCUGCGUCUGCCAUCCUCACGAGCUUCACGAACGAUGCUGCGUCUGCCGUCCUCACCAGCCCUGCUACAGAGGCUGCAUCUGCCACCCUCACAGGCUCCGCGCUCAACGCUGUGUCUGCCGUCCUCACGAGCCCUACUACAGAUGCUGCGUCUGCCAUCCUCACGAGCUCCGCGCCUGAUGCUGCGUCUGCCGUCCUCAUGAGCUCCGCGUCCGACGCUGCGUCUACCGUCCUCACAAGCCCUGCUACAGAUGCUGCGUCUGCCAUCUUCACGAGAUCCGUGCCGGACGCUACGUCUGCUGCAUGCUGGAACUCCACACCGCCAGGCACAGAAACAAAUCUCUCAGGAAUAUCGCUCCGAGAUAUUCCCAGCACAUCUUUUGUGACUGAACUCAACAAUAAUGUUUCACCUACAAUGGAAUUGUCCAACGAAAUAUCAAGUAUUCCAAACUCCGCGCCAAACUUCGUUCGAUCUUAUGUUUCCCAACAACCGUUGGACGUUCUUCCAGGUACAUCUUUGAGAACCGGCGCUAACAACAAUAAAUCGUCCUCAUUUAGAAUCACCCGUCCAGCAAAGAAACAAUCUUAUUUAGAUUAUAUGUCAGACGACGAGAUAGCUUUGUUAAAUUCCUUUGGCGAUGCAGGAAGCUCAGAUGAGUGGGAGCCGGAAAGAAACGAAAAGAAAAGGAAGCAAAUGACUAUUAACGUCGAAGAAGAGUUUGUAGGUAACAAAGCGACGAAAAAGGUUCCCAAAAAUAAGAGGAAACAGGCUGCUCAAAAACGGUUAUCUGGUCAGAGUUACAUUAAAACAAACGGAGAAGUUGUUCAAGAAAAAAAAGUCCAACCAAACCCUUGUGUGGGUAAGAAAUGUGGAAACAACUGCGGAGAUAUAACGGAAGAAAGAAGGAUAAGCAUUUUCAAGCAUUUUUGGAGCCUUUCAGAACAGAGAAGAAAGGAUUGGAUCAUCAGCCUAACCCAGAAAACUAAUAUCAAAAGAAAGAGAAAUAAGGAUUCAGAAAAACGCACCAUAACAUACAAAUACAAUAUUACGGAUGGAGAAGCUCAUCGACAAAUAUGUCUGCAAUUUUUGUGCAAAACGAUCGAUGUGUCACACAAAUAUAUUUAUUAUACGGUUUCAACUGCCGAUGAGUUUGGUAGUGCCAAACAAUCUGAAAGGGGUAAAAGUGUACCUCCCAACAAAACCAGCAACGAUGAAAUUACAGCGGUUGAAAACUAUAUAAAAUGUUUACCGGCAGUUCCUUCUCAUUAUUGUAGGAAGGAUAGUACUCGAACAUACCUUCCAGCAGAAUACAAAAACUUAGCCAAUUUAUAUAGAAAGUACAAAGAAUAUCGUAGCUUUCAAGGACUGACGUAUGUUUCGGAGAGCAUUUUCCGAAAAGUUUUCAAUGAAAACUUUAAUAUAGCAUUCCAUAUCCCGAAAAAAGACAAAUGCCUGAAAUGUUGUCAGUACGAAAAUAAAACUAAUCCUACACCAGAACAACGACGAGCUCACGAAGAACACCUUAUUGAGAAAGACCACACAUACAAUCGCUACAAGAUGCACAAAACUAUUCAUUUAAAAGACUCAGCAUCCAUUUGCAUUAGUUUUGACUUACAAAAAGUCUUGAACACACCGUAUGGUGAUAGCAUGUUAUUAUUUUAUACACGCAAGCUGGCCGUUUACAAUGCAGUUAUUUACGAAAAUGGUACGCGCAAUGUUUAUUGCUAUUAUUGGGACGAAAGCCAGGGUAACCGAGGUGCUAAUGAGAUGGCUACAAUAUUAAGCAAAUACAUAACGAAGCUUGAUGAACGCGGAAAUAUAAGACAACUUCUUCUUUAUUGUGACUGCUGUCGGAACAAGAUAGUUCUUGCAAUGCUGAACGAGAUUCUGCAACGAUGCAGAACUCUUGAAUCUAUUCAAAUAAAUUUCUUACUUACCGGUCAUACCUACAUGACAGUCGAUUCGGUACAUGCGAUUAUUGAAAACCACGUUAAAAAUACCACUAUCUGGGCUCCUUCCCAGUGGUAUACGGUAUUCCAAACAGCAAGACAAAAUCCAAAGCCCUUUCAUGUUGAGCAGUUAACUCACAAAGAUUUUAAGAGAUGGGAUCUACUCGCAGACAAGUAUUUCGUGGGAAAUCUUGUAGGUAAAAUAAGUAAAAUACGAGUCGCCACUUUCAAAAAGAAUCGUAUAUCAGCAACGGUUAAAUACUCUAUGAAUCCGGAAACACCUGUGUCCUGUAUUGAAAUCGCCUCCAAAACAAAGUUUCUUGACUUACCGGACUGCUAUCUUACACCCCUACCAAUUACUGAAAAUAAACACAAAGAUUUAUUAAAGCUUUGCUCAGACCAAGUUAUACCCCAACAAUUUCAGGCAGAGUACUUAGCUUUCAACAAAACGGUGAAAGAUACUUUACCCGAUACUGACAUUGAAGAUAAUGUUGAUCAGUAG